GAAGCGGGUGCAGUUCCAGAGACAGACGUAGCCUACGCUGGAGGACAAAAGUUCAGUAAUUUUGUACAUUCGUCAAGGAAACAUUUUAGAUGAAACCGCGUGCGCCCUGAACGACUUAAACUAGUAGUGUUUUGCAAUACAACCAAAAAAUGAGUUUAUUCGAGAUAAGUGAAAACGUCAAGCUUGCACGGGAGUAUGCCUUGUUGGGAAAUUACAGUUCUGCUGCUGUGUGCUAUCAAGGAGUCCUCGAGCAAAUCAAGAAGUACCUUUUCUCUGUUCGGGAUACAGCACUUCAGCAAAAAUGGCAACAAGUGUGGCAAGAAAUCAACGAAGAGAGCAAACAUGUGCGUGACAUCAUGAAUACUUUAGAGAGCUUUCAACUGGACACUGCUCCCUCGAAACCCACUAACACUAAUCAAGAUAAUGAUAUCUGGCCAGUCCAAGUGGAGAGAAGGUCCUCCCCCUGUCCUGUGAGGAGGGCCCCAGCACCGUACAAGGACAACAAGCAGCACAACAAGCGUCUGAGCGCGGGCCCCCGAGCACAGCACCACCAGACACCACGCGGGGCCAACGGCGACCGGCCCAAAGCCGCCAAAGGGAAGGAGAAGAAGGACGCCAGCAAGGUCAAAGACAAAGACGACAAGAACAAAUCAGAUGUCUCUGAAACAGAGGUGAAGAAGUUUGACAGGGGAGGUGAAGACAAAGAUCUGGUGGACUCUCUGGAAAGAGACAUAAUAUCUCAAAACCCCAAUGUUAAAUGGGACGAUAUUGCAGACUUGGAGGAAGCUAAGAAGCUUUUAAAAGAAGCUGUUGUCCUUCCCAUGUGGAUGCCUGAAUUUUUCAAAGGAAUCAGGAGGCCUUGGAAGGGAGUGCUGAUGGUUGGGCCACCAGGGACAGGCAAAACCCUGCUGGCCAAAGCAGUGGCCACUGAAUGCAGAACCACCUUCUUCAACGUCUCCUCGUCCACCCUCACCUCCAAAUACAGAGGGGAGUCAGAGAAACUGGUGCGCCUGCUGUUUGAAAUGGCUCGGUUCUAUGCCCCCACCACCAUAUUUAUAGAUGAGAUUGACUCGAUAUGCAGCCGUAGAGGAACGUCGGAAGAGCAUGAAGCCAGCCGGAGGGUGAAGGCCGAACUCCUGGUGCAGAUGGAUGGUGUUGGUGGUACUAUGGAAUACGACCCAUCCAAAAUGGUGAUGGUGCUGGCCGCCACUAACUUCCCGUGGGACAUUGACGAAGCUCUUCGUCGCCGCUUGGAAAAGAGGAUCUACAUCCCUUUGCCCUCAGCCAAGGGAAGAGUAGACCUCCUGAAGAUCAAUCUGAAAGAGCUGGAGCUGGCUAAUGACGUGAACAUGGGUAAGAUUGCUGAGCAGAUGGAGGGCUACUCCGGAGCAGAUAUCACGAAUGUGUGCAGGGACGCAUCGCUGAUGGCCAUGAGGCGCCGGAUCGAGGGCCUGACACCCGAGGAGAUCAGGAACAUUUCCCGCGACGAGAUGCACAUGCCCACCACCAUGGAGGACUUCGAGGCGGCGCUCAGGAAGGUCUCCAAGUCCGUCUCGGCGUCGGACCUGGAGAAGUACGAGAAGUGGAUUGCAGAGUUUGGGUCCUGCUAGUGGAGGCUACUUUGUUGUCAAAGCUGAUCGGCCGCAAGUUAAAGGAGUUUGAACAUGUCUCUUAAGGGUUGUGAGAUUUACUCUACUCCCAACAAACUGCGUGAAGAUGAAAACACAGACUGGCAAGUCCUGUUCCUUCCUUUGAAAAAUGAACAGACAUGAUACUGAAGGUGAUAUUUCUUUCAUGAACUUCGCACAUGGACACUCAUUGCCAGCAUUGAAGAGUCUGUAUUCUGACUUUGCUCCCCAGUAGCUUUUGAACCAUACUUUUUGGCCAGAUGUUUUGUGCAGCUGAUCACGGAGUGAAAACACUAAACCCAGCAGCACUGCCUUGUCAAUGUUGAACACAUGGACACAUUGCACUUCAACCCAAUCAUGUGAUGAGCUAUAUGAAGUGAUGUUGAGACUUGAGGGACAAUGAGACAAAAAAAAAAAAAGAAUAGCCUUACCUUGACCAAUGGGAUCUCUUCUUUGGACAAUUGGGAGCUAUGCACAUUCCGUUAUUAUUCAUUGGUUGAUUUUGUCCGACACUGACCACAGAGCUAAGAGUCGAUCUCUCUAAACGUAGGAGCUCUUACCAGCACGGAUCUUCUGCCAAAGCACUUGACAGCCGGAGGUUCACAACCUUUGGUUUUUAAUAGUGAUAUCGGGAUCAGUCCGCGCUUCAGCACACUGCCUGAUGACGGGUCUUCACUGUAGUGUGUACUAGAUAUUUUAUGCACCAUUUGUCUUAUGUAUGCAAUAUAUAUAUAACGGGCCAUUACUAUGAAGAUGUGGACAAUCGUGAUAAACUAAUGAAGUAAAACUGAAUUUGAAUAAAUUUAAACUUAGUAGGAAAAUUAAGGUUUUCUUUUUUUUAAUCAGUGAUCAUACAGAGAAGCGACAAGUCAUCGUAUUUUGGUAAACAAUAGCAAUUUAUUUUAUUGUACAGAGUUCAAGGUUGUGAAGUGUCAUUAACCUUUAUAUGGAGAACACCAAAAACAUGCUGACAUGCUUUCGUGGCAUACAUAAAUACAUUUAUGGGUAAAAUAAACAAGGCACCAUAGAAGCACGAAUGAAUCAAUCUGCUUAUGGUUAUGUGCGUGAUGACUUCACCCAGCACCUUCUUUAGGGACUGGGUAGAAGAGCAGGUGCUAUGAACCGCUGGAUUUUGCACAAUAUUAAGCAGCGCCCGAAAUCUACUGCAAAAUAGAAAAUGGAAUAGACAGAACUUCUUGUCAAGGCCAAUAUUCCACUUGUGACAAAAAAUAUCCUCUCACAAUGUUAAAUUAUGUUUCAUGAAAAUCAGUCUCAACGUCUUUGUGAAAUAUCCACUGAUAGAGGAGCAAACCAAGGGUAAUGAAAACCCCCACCCCCCCUGGAGGAGGUAAUAAUUAUAUUCAUUGUUUAAAACUAACACUGAUGCCAGCAACGCAAUAAGCAGACAACCUAUAGCAAAGAUUCUAGAGAGCGCUGCUGUGUGGUGGUCUAUGACCUAGAACCUUCUAUACAUCAUUGGUCAAUGCUGUGAUUGCAGUGAAUAAGUGCUCUGUUGAAUAGCUUGCUGUUCACACGCCAGCGAGAUGCAACUACUGCGAUAAUUUACUCAUUCUUUGUACAUGUACAGCCACUGAUUUUUUUUUUUUUUUUUUUUUUAAAGCAAAAAAACAUCCAGUACGUAA